CACCUCUGUGUUGCUGUUUGCAACAGAAAGCUUAGAUCCUGGUAAUCUGCCUGUCAGCUCAGUCAGUCCACUGCCGCUGUCUGCGGACUGAUAAUCACCCUGAGGUCAGUCAUGCGGCCCUAGGCGGCGCAGCGUGGUGAUGUAACUGGACAGCAGAGACCGUCACGCCAGGGAGACCAGGAAGUUUUAUCGGGAGGCUGUCGGUCGGAAAGAGCAAGUCCCAUGUGACGUUUGUUUGUCAUUAUGACAGGUUUGUGAAUCACGGACAUUGACGAUUACCAUGAGCAGCUCCAGAGGGACGCCCAUUUCCUGUGCUCAGACCAGAGGAUGGAAACUGAACUGGUUGACAGACUGGUGCUGCAGCUGAACAGGAUAUACCCCCAGAUACUCAGUGACAAGGAAGCCCACAUGUUCAGGAACCUGAGCGUGCCCACCAGGGUGCGGCUACCUGAGCUGUUGAAGCACCUGUAUGGGAAGGGCGAGGAGGCGUGUUAUGAAUUCUACAGAGGACUUCACAUCCACGCUGAGGACGUUUACGCCAGCCUGCCCACCAGAGUCAUACAAAGAGAGGUGGCUGAUCCAAAAUGGACUAACAAUGUGGCGAUCCACCCAGAGCGACGUCUGCUUAAUGACAGAGGACCAAUGUUCUUCCUGAGCUGUUUCAGUUUUGCUGCUGGUAUUGCAAUGCUCUACUAUUACGGAGAAAUUGAGACACUGAGAAGCACUGGUCUGUUUCUUCACUGCUCUGCAGCAAGAUUUAGUGAAGGUGCUAAAUAUGUUUUCAUUUCUUCUGCUGAGGUUGGAAAGCAGAAGAAAUGAGACCGUUAAGAUGCUGAAAUGCUUAAGAAGUAACCUAUGAGAAGAACAAGCUGUGAAAAUUGCCACUUUGCUGUGCCAAACUCAUACACGCUUUUGAGAGCUAAAAAUGUCAUGCAUUUGUAAGCACUAAUUUAGUUGUUUUUUUAAUCUGAAGCUGACAAUAACAUGAGUUGCUGUGUCUUGAAUUCCCACAGCUAACAUCUAUUUACAUGAAAAAAAUGUAAUGAGUGUGAUCUGGAUUUAUUGUGUGUACAGAACUAUUGAUUCCAAUCAGCUAAAAUUAGUAACUGCACUAGCCUGGGAAAACCCUGAACUUCUAGCAAAUUUGAGAUUUGCUCUGCAAGCCACUCUCAGUUACAACUGAGAAGGGUCUGGUGUCAACCAGGCUAUAACUGCACACCCAAACAGGUGUUUUCAACUCAGCAUUUGUCGCAAGUCAGCCAACGUGGUUGUGUUGGUCACUCUGGCACGAACAGCACGCCCAAGCUGAUCCCACAAGUGUUCAAUGGGGUUGAGGUCAGGACUGCUGGUUGAAGAA